AUGUCCACGCCAUAUAUUGAACGCGGAACGAGCGAGUUUGCUGCUCUGGCCGGUGCCAACAAAGCCGAGGACGCAGCUGGAGCAGAGGAAGAAGACGCCUCUUUCGGCCUGAAAGAUAGCCGCCCAGAGGUGUCUACGGACCAGGGACCGGGCACGAACAGCCCGCGCGAGCCCGAUGAUAGUUCCUCGCUCAUGUCGACUGCGACAACAGGAAUACGGUUAACGGCCAGCAUGGAGGCGACGGCCUAUACUGCGGAAUGUCCUGCCAGUCCGCAGCAUACUUCGGAAGAUGUUGUCCACGAAUCUUCCUGGACAGGCAUAAGUGCCCAGCCUAGCUGGGGAAACCAAGACCUCUCUACCGUUACGAGACGCGACAUCGUGGCGAACUCGCCUGAAAAGGUAGAGUUUCUACGACUGAUAGAAGAACCACCAGAAGACGAUGAUGCCGAGGAAGAUCUGUACACUCUCAUUUCAGAUGCUUGCAUUGCAAUGUUACGGGCUCACCAUUCGCUCUCGAUCGAUCCACGUCAAUUUUCUCUUCAACAAUUCUACGUGUCCGAGACACUUUACUUUAUGUUGGCGGAAGAUGCGGGCAGCCUCACAUACUUAAAGGCAUCACCUACUGAAGCACGCCCUCUAUAA